CGAUCCUUCGUCACGUGAACGUGACUGUAAAUUUUCGAUGAUCGAAGUCAUUGCGGCAGGCAUCCACACCUUCGCGUCAGGACCCGGCGUCGUUUGACAUCGUUGUCGAGUCGAGAUGACGGACUCUGUGGCAGCCAAGUCAGCAUUUCUAUGCAUGUACAUGAAAAAUCAUCCGGAUACAUUGGUGGCCUACGUCAAGCACUAUGGCAAAGUGGCCGGGAACGUUGUCUCCGCUGAGAUGACUUCCAUCGAUACCAAGGGAAUGACGCUCGGGUACAAGUUCAAGAGCGGCGGAGAUGGUCAAGUCGUCGUGUUGUUCCAACCACCCCUUGCAGGGUACGAUGAGGUGAAGCCUCGUCUGCUUUCCAUGAAAGCAGACGCACAGGAAAGUCUUGGCAUGAUCAAGGCUCCGCACCUCACAACCUUCAAUUUCUCAUUGCCGAUGGUCUACUCGUUCUUCAUAACUCUGUGUUGUUGCUCCUAUCUCACGGUGUAUCCAUCUCCCAGAACGUCUUUCCAAAUACCCUUGACGAAUUUUGAGAUACCAGCGAGCAUACUGGACGUGUUCUUUGCGCCUAUUAGGACGUUCGUUGAUGUGACAGGUUGCCGCCCAUCUGUCGGUAUGGUUGCGGGUACCAUCUCGGUGAUCCAUGCAAUAGAAUCACUGUACACUUGGUCGCUGUGUAAGCGAUACGUGCGUGGCUGGAGCGUUAAGGCUGCAUAUGUUGCGUCCACUUUCAUUGUCGGUACACCUGCGUGGAUGGACAUCCACCGUCGUGUCCAACGGAAACGGAUCGAGAGUGUUAUGAAGGCGGAGUAGCCCGUUUAUGCGAUGAUUGCAUAUUAUCACUCGCACACUUUUGGCGUUGCUGUAUUUCUAACGAUAAUUAGCUCACCACGUCAGUUUCAGACUAUGGGUUCCUUGGAGCGCUUGCUGGACUUGGAGGGUAUCAGUUGUCCAUCAUGAUG